AUGGGUGAUGAAGUGUCGGGUGUGGUGAAUGGAGUGUGGAAGUGUGGUUGGGAUUGGUGGAAGGGUGGAUGUUGGAUUACAACGACGAGAUCCGACAGGAACAGAUGCGGGAGAUGCAGCUGCUGGUCGGUGCCAACGCCAACAACGGCACCGCGAAAUCCACCGGUGCCAACAACGCCGCCAACAACAACAACAACGGCACCACCAGCGGGCUCGGAGGAGGGGUCCUGCUCCCCCACUCGACGGGAUCCCCCCUUCCUCCCGGCGUGGGCGUGGUCGGAGGGGGGGCGUGGCGGUUCCGUCAGGUCGGGGGGACUCGCUCUGUCGUCGCCUCAUCCUGCGCUCAGGGGGCUCAACCGCGCUCAGGCGGCUCUGCUGACCUGCGCAGGAGGCAAGAAACGACAUCGUGAAGCCACGCCCACCUGCUUCCACCGCCGCCGCUGCUGCUGCAAGUGGCAACAGACGGUCAGUGCUCUCUCUGCUCACCCGCGCGCGCGCCAUGCAGCAAAGGAACAGGAGUUGAUGGAGGUCUAUCACGACAUACCAGGGUACGGGAUGUAUGAUCACCACAUGACAGAGCUGCCUAUCACAGAUGGGGUUGGAGAAGAUGUCUCAGCAGGUCGCGGCGGUGGUGGUGCCCUCAAGGUCAACAGCCCAGGAGACCGAGCCCGGUUCCGCCAUGACCCCUACCCUCGCGUGCCCUCGUCGACAUAAACGAGGUCAAAGUUCACUGCACUCUUUUUCUCUUUCCCUAUACCCCCUUUCCUCCCUUCUCUCCGUCUCUAUCUCCGUCUUCGUUUA